AUGAACUGGACCUUCUUGAAUCAGAGCGCCCUGGAACCGGGAGGCAGCGGAGGUGGAAGCGGCGCCUACGGCAACCAGAGCCAAGGGCUGGACACGUGGCUGGGCUGCUGUCCCGGAACCCCCCCGCUGGUGGCGAGCGACGGGAUCCCGGCGGGUCUGGCCCCUGACGAGCGGAGCCUGUGGGUGUCGCGAGUGGCGCAGAUCGCAGUCCUCUGUGUGCUCUCCCUCACCGUGAUCUUCGGCAUCUUCUUCCUGGGCUGCAACCUGCUCAUCAAGUCAGAAAGCAUGAUCAACUUUCUAGUGCAGGAGAGGCGACCCUCCAAGGACGUGGGCGCGGCCAUCAUGGGGCUUUACUGAGGGCGCCCCGGGGACCCUGGCGCGAGCCCUUCCCUCCCCGCCCGAGGGCGCCACUCGGGCUGGCUCGGGCACCUAUGAAGUCCGGGAAGAUUGCUUUUUGAGGGUGGAGGAGCAGCAGCAACCGGGCGGUGGGAGCGUCUUGGUUGAGGGGACCUGAGCCUCCUUGCAGGGGUGGAAGAGCACAUCCUUCAGGUGGUCGUGUGGGCAAACCCAGAGCCCAGGUGCGCUCGCUUCCCGCUGUGGGUGCUAAGUGACUUGUUCAGUGCCAAGCGGUCCGUUGGGAAUGUUGCCUUGUAAAGUCCUAUCUGCCUUAGCGGCUAGGGGGAUCGUUUGUAACAAUCGUUAUUUGAAAAGAGAAAGAAAAGGAGGGAAAAGAAGGUCGGAUGUGGGUGGCAGUAGAGAAGAGGGACCCAGCAACUGUGUUGCUUCCUUGGAGGUGGGGGUGUUCGUUUUGUUUGGUAUGGGGACGUAGGGUGGAAAUUUGGGUGUGGGUUGCAAAGGUA